CGGCGGUCUCGCCCAAGUCUCGCGGGAACAUCGGUGGCACUUCGCAGCUGGAAACAGAUGUUGACGGUCCCUCCCGCCCCCCGGCCGUUUCCCCCUUUCCCGAGUGCGGAUUCGACCGAUUCCGCUCGCGCCGGGGACCCCAGCUGAUGCAUCACUGUAAACGUUACCACUCGCCUGAACCUGAGCCCUACAUGAGCCAUAGAUGGAAGAGGCGGCGGUCUCGUAGCCGAGAGCACCAUGAAGGAAGGCCGCGGUAUCCAACUCGCCGGGAUCUUUCUAGGAGAUCACGUUCUAGAAGUUGCUUCGUAAAUCAACCCGCCUGCCCACUCAGCCUGGCCGUCUCUCCUCUGACCUGCUAUUGCCAGGACAGAUUGCCUUACCAGAGAGGGUACCGAGACAGGACAGACAGUGAAGUCCACAAGUUUGAAGAGCGAAGCCCAUCUUUUGUAGAGGACUAUUACUCUACCCGCCGUUCACGCCAUCACCGGAGAUCUCGGGACCGAGAGCGUCAUCGGACCAGGAAGCACCAACAUCGUUGUCGGAAACGCAGGACCAGGUCUUGUAGCAGUACCUCCUCGAGAAGCCAACAGAGCAAUAAGCGCAGCAGGAGCGUGGAAGAUGACAAGGAAGGUCACCUGGUGUGCAGGAUCGGCGAUUGGCUCCAAGAGCGAUAUGAAAUUGUUGGGAGCCUUGGCGAAGGGACUUUUGGCAAAGUGGUGGAGUGCGUGGACCACGCCAGAGGCAAAUCUCUGGUAGCUUUGAAAAUUAUUCGAAAUGUGGGCAAAUAUCGUGAAGCAGCCAGACUAGAAAUUAAUGUCUUAAAGAAAAUUAAAGAAAAAGACAAGGAAAAUAAACAGUCCAGCUUGUGUGUCUUGAUGUCAGAUUGGUUCAACUUCCAUGGCCACAUGUGCAUUGCUUUUGAGCUCCUGGGCAAGAACACCUUUGAAUUUUUGAAAGAGAAUAACUUCCAGCCCUACCCCCUUCCACAGAUAAGGCACAUGGCCUACCAGCUCUGCCAUGCCUUGAAAUUUCUGCAUGACAACCAGCUGACUCACACAGAUCUCAAACCUGAAAACAUCUUGUUUGUAAACUCAGAAUUUGAUACCUUGUACAAUGAGAAAAAGAACUGUGAGGAGAAAUCUAUCAGGAACACGUGCAUCCGGGUAGCAGAUUUUGGGAGUGCCACUUUUGACCAUGAGCAUCACACCACUAUUGUGGCAACUCGGCACUACCGCCCACCAGAGGUGAUCUUGGAGCUGGGCUGGGCACAGCCUUGUGAUGUCUGGAGCAUUGGUUGUAUCCUCUUUGAAUAUUACCGGGGAUUCACACUUUUUCAGACUCAUGAGAAUAGAGAACAUCUAGUAAUGAUGGAGAAAAUCCUUGGCCUGAUCCCACAGCACAUGAUCCGCAAAACUCGGAAGCAGAAAUAUUUUCACAAAGGAAAUUUAGUAUGGGAUGAGAACACUUCUGAUGGAAGAUACGUGCAAGAGAACUGCAAACCCCUACAGACAUACAUGCUCCACGAUUCCUCUGAGCAUCUGCAAUUGUUUAAUCUGAUGAGGCAAAUGUUAGAGUUUGAUCCUGCGGAGCGGAUCACGUUCGCUGAGGCCCUGCACCAUCCAUUCUUCAAUGGCUUAUCUCCAGAGGAAAGGCGGCUGACUUGCCGAGAUUCAAGCCGUGAUUUAAGCAGAUGACGGCAGGGGAGGUCGCAGCAGGAUAUGUAAAUACUCCAAGAUUGGUCUGACCUCUGUGGGGGACGACUCCAAGAAUCCCCGUGUAGCACCAUGGACCGCAGUGUUGGUGCAUCUCAGAUUGGACACCGGACGUGAGAGGGGAGUGGGACUGCAGUCCAGAAGCACAGAUUUGUCUCAUAUUUAUAUGUUGUAAAGUUCAAAUAAAGUGUUUCAUAUUGUUUGAUAAUUUACUUGUAUGACUGUGUCUAGCUAUUUUGACUUCCUAUGAAUGAACUUUUACGUUUAACAAUAAAAUUGUGGUUUUAUAUCUUACCACAAAUCUGUUCUGGGAAUUUACAAUGUAGUUUCUUCCCUUACUGGCUGUGUAUUAACUCCCUUUUUUUCUUUGUAAAGAACAACAUCAAGUAUGGGAAUAGGAACUUGUGCUUUGGAGUAUUUGGUCACUCCAUGUUUUGUGGCUAAUUCGGUAUUAAAUUGUGAAAAGAUGACCUUGAAGAAGCAUACUUUGUAGACCAAAGCUAAAGUACAGCUUAACCACCUGAAUGACCUAAGCCAAUAUUCACUGUUAACUUGCAAAGAUCAACUAAAAAUAACUGUUUCGGAGAAAGAGA